GCGGUUUGAAAUUGAUGUCAAAAUAUCAGUUUUUUUAAUGAGAAAUACAGAAUAACUAUAGCUCAGCGCGAAAAAAUGUAUAGAAUGAAAAGUGAAUAAAAAGUCGUCAAAAAUAUACUGUGCAAAUUUCGGACCAGUCCGAGUAGCCUUACUAAUGUAGCAAUUUACCAAAUUUUUGUGUUUUUGGUCUUGGUAAAUCAAAUUUAAUAACAUGGAAGUAAAACAAGAAACUAAUGAGACAACUUGUAAAAUAGAAAUUGAGACAUGUGGUGGUGAUGAUCCUUUCCAUGCUUUCAAAAUUGAAAUUACGGAAGAACCCAAGAGAGAACCUGCAUAUGACACAUUUGAUUAUUUAGACUUUCCUGUUAACACUAAAGUAGAACAAGAUGAAUAUAAAUUUACACCAUUUGAGGAAAAGCAAACAACUGAAGAAAGUCUUUCGUUUGGCCCCCAAAGGCGAUUAAAAAUUCAAAUUAAAACAGGUGGCCUAAAACACGUCGUGACGUCACUCGUUUGUACAUUUACAUUUUUCCAACAAAGUAAACAGAAUUUUAAAGUAGACAUUAUAAACAUCAGUAGAAAAUACAUGUAUUUGACGCUACAAGUGUUUUGAUCGUUUGAACUAUUCAUAGAAAACUGUACUUUUACAAAA